AUGAAGAGCAGUAGUUGGCUUCAAUCAUACGUCGAGUUGUGCUGGUUUCUUGCGAUUCCUGCUCUGCUCCAGCAACACAGAAUGACCGUAAAGAGGGCCGUUCAAGGGUCGUAG